AUGGGAGGCGACGUUGGCAGUCUUGCUCUUGGCCGGCCAGUAAUCUACUUUAUCGCGCUUAUCGACAUUCUCACCCGCUAUGGCAUGCGUAAACGCACCGCACAGACGUACAAAACAGUUAAACACGGUGGCGCCAAUGCCGAUCAGAUAACUACAGUGCGUCCCGAGGUGUACGGUCGACGUCUACUUGACUUUCUUCGCAAUUGCAUUGAGUAG